AUGACUGCCCUGGUCUCCUGGGUCCCCUUCCGGUCGCCCCUCCAGCUCUCCAUCUUCCUCCUGGCCAUCUUGACCCUCUCCAUCUUCCUCCACUUGAGGGGCAGGUUCCCCACACCCCCUGCCACAGAGCGGGGCAUGUGGACUGUGAACUCCCUCGGGCGCCUGGGGAACCAGAUGGGGGAAUACGCCACCCUCUACGCCCUGGCCAAGAUGAAUGGGCACCAGGCCUACAUCCUCCCACAGAUGCACCAGCAUCUGGCACCGCUUUUCCGCAUCACCCUGCCCGUGAUCUCCGGCAACAUGGUCCAGAGCAUCCCGUGGAGGAAUUACGCGCUACACAAUUGGAUGUCGGAGGAGUACAGGCACAUCAAGGGGAAAUACGUCCGGCUGACGGGCUACCCCUGGUCCUGGACCUUCUACCACCACCUCCGGCAGGAGAUCCUCCAGGAAUUCUCCUUCCACGACCACAUCAAGGAGGAGGCCAACCGGUACCUGGCCGGGCUGCGCGGGCAGCGCCGGAACGUGACCUACGUGGGUGUCCACGUCCGGAGAGGGGACUACGUCCAGGUGAUGCCACAGGUCCGGAAGGGGGUGGUGGCGGACAAGGCCUACCUGGAGAAGGCCAUGGGCUACUUCCGGGACAAGUACCAGGAGCCGGUCUUUGUGGUGACCAGCAAUGGGAUGGAGUGGUGCCGGGAGAACAUCAACACCUCACGGGGAGACGUGUAUUUCUCGGGGGACGGGAAGGAGUCGUCGCCAGGGAGGGAUUUCGCUCUCUUGGUCCAUUGCAACCACACGAUCAUGACCAUCGGGAGCUUCGGCAUUUGGGCCAGCUACCUGGCGGGGGGGGAGACCGUCUACUUGGCCAACUACAUGCUCCCCAAUUCCCCCCAUCUGCGGUCCUUCAAGCCUGCGGCCGUCUUCCUCCCUGACUGGAUCGGGAUUAACGCUGAUCUCUCUCCGCUGCUGAAUGGGACAGAGCGGCAGAAAGGAGCCCGCCCACAGGCUACCAACAGGACCCGCAGGGAUAGCGGGCCAGCCACCAGCCAGGGAAGAGGGCGCUGGAGAGUUCAGGGUGUAUCAGAGCAGAUGUUUGUCAGGCACAGGGUGGGGUCAAGACAACCUGGCUCCCUUCUGCCAACUUUCUCCUAGGAUUCUUCAGAAGGGGCCAUCUUGUUCCUAGGUUGAACUGUUAGAACAGGGGAGCUGUGAGUCAGGAUUAGAAGUGAAGUGAAGUAAAGCCAGGAAGUGAAGCCAGCUAUAAAAAUAAUAAAUAACAAAUGGAAGAAAGGGGCAGUGGAUAGUAAUAUAUAUAAAUCAGAAACUAGGGAUUGUAGAAAAUUGAUAAGGGAAGCAAAGGGACACAAAGAGACAUCUAUGGCAAGCAGAGUUAAAGCCCAUACUGUGUGUGUGGUUUUUUUUUAA